AUGCGUUCAUACACUGUGUUCAGUCACUACGUUGUCGUGCUGAUUCGAUCCAGCAACGUAGCCGUAGUUAAGUCCAAUCACUACACCAACCAACAACAAACGUCGGCUACUUAUAAUCGCCAGCGGCCUCCCAAUCACACAAAGACGCCUCGGUUGCCGCAGCACUCUCCCCCUCCACCCUACGUAGAGGUUGAACCCAGUGCACCACCUUACAUACCACUAUCAACAGAAGAGGAAUUAGAAGGAGAAGAGCUCUUCAAAGACUCCGCCAUGCCCUCUGUGUCGUUUGCCUCUGACCCUGCCAAUAGGGGAGGCGGGGCAGGGGAUGGAAAUGGCGAUGGAGGAGGCGGUGAGGGGGCUCAAUUACGGGUACCCCAAAUGCCUCAACUCGCCAGGGGCUUCUCUCUUGUGCCCGAACGCCUAGGUGGCAAAGGAAAUAACAAUAGCAGCGGUGGAACUAUGAGUAAUGCUUAUAAACAGCGCCAGGGAAAUAAGGGUAUGUUUGGCUGCGAGGCCGCUAUCCGUAUCCUGGCCUAUUUUGCCGUGCUCAUCACCCUUCCCUUUUCAUUAGUCAUGUGUUUGAAGGUCAUUGCUCAAUACGAACGAGCAGUUGUGUUUCGUCUAGGUCGUCUUGUCUCAGAGAUUCCAAAGGGACCAGGUUUAGUGUUUAUUUUACCAUGUCUUGAUAAUGUCAAGACCAUUGACCUACGUACAUUUACCUUCAAUGUUCCUACACAAGAAGUGCUGACCAAGGAUUCUGUGACAGUUGCUGUGGACGCUGUUGUUUACUAUAGGAUAUUUGACCCCGUCAUGUCUGUUGUCAAUGUGGAGGAUGCUAAUAGAUCAACUCGGCUACUGGCUCAGACUACAUUGAGGAAUGUCCUUGGUACCGUUGAUUUAUAUCAAUUGUUGACGGCAAGAGAACAGAUUGCCCAUCUAAUGCAAGACUGUUUGGAUACUGCCACGGAGACCUGGGGUGUGAAAGUCGAACGUGUAGAUAUUAAAGACGUUCGUCUACCAAUCCAACUCCAGAGAGCUAUGGCCGCAGAAGCCGAAGCUGCGAGAGAAGCUAAAGCCAAAGUCAUUGCAGCGGAAGGUGAACAAAGAGCUUCAGUAGCCUUAAAGGCUGCAGCUAUGGAGAUUGGUGAAUGUCCCAUUGCCCUUCAACUGCGCUAUCUACAAACCCUCUCAAGCAUUUCUGAUGAAAAGAACUCGACCAUUAUCUUCCCCUUGCCUAUAGAUUUGCUCAGUCUAUUCCAUCAGGCAUAUUCCUCGAAUCUCUCCUCAUCUGGACAUCCACCCAGUGAAGGAACGCUUCAUAGUGAAGAUCUACCUCCCCCACCUCCCCAAAGAGCCUCCAUAGUUCAUCAGAAAUCCGCCUCGGAUGUUUUAGAAGAGGCUCUUAUUUAA